AUGGAUGUCCUGCCUGCUCAAGCUUUAUCUGUACCUUCCAACCGCAUACUUUCAUCCAGCAAAGAGACACUCUACGGCGCAGCAACUUAUCUCCAGCCACACUUGAAACACUACAAUGUCGGGAACGAACUCACUCCCUCCGUGAAACGUGGCUUCAAAUUCACAGACUACGUACCACAGCUCUUCUGCGAACUGCGCGAAGACCACUCUUCUCUAGAUCCCGCAAACUACCUCCUCUCCCUCACUUCCAAAUACAUCUUCUACAAACUCACUUCCCCAGAAAAUUUGCCUGCUUUGUCUGCACCUGUUCUGCGUGGCGUUGCACUGCGAGUUGGAAUUAAAAAGUCAGAUGCGCGAAAUAAGGAACGUGGUGCCAAUGUAAUCAUGCACAUGACUCAUUUCGCUUUGAAACGCACAGAGCUUGCAAGCAGGUUGGAUGAUAUCCUCUUCAAGAGUCUCUUGACGACACCUACUUGCCCAGGAACAUGGGGUACUUCGCUUGUUGUCGAGUUUCAGAAUUUGCACGGCCCUGUGGUAGUCACUGCUCUGCAUACUCUUCCUGUUAUCAGCGCAUCUCUUACCAUCGACUCAGCGGCUACGCGAGCCUUUAAAGAGUCUAAAGCCAUGUCUUCACCGUGGAUCUCAACAUCUGUCGAUGACCUUGCUCGCUGUUCAGAGAAGCCGAACCGUACCAUGUCCAGACGUCGGUAUUCGUCGAUUUACGCCAUGCUAUGGCACACUCUCCAACAGGCUCUCACCAAAAAACAUGUAAUAUACUCGUGA